AUAAACAUUACGGAAAUAUUACUACGUUUUUAGUUUUUAAAUACAUUGGUCUUUGAUAAUAUAUUAUUUUCACCUUUAACUUGGGUUCUUCCAUUUUUCCUUCUAACUUCCCUUGUCUUCUUGUGCAAUAGGAAAGAAAAAAGAAUCAAAGAAUUUGGUUUGAAUUUUUAUUUGUAUGCAUAUGUAUAAAUAUUGAGUGAGAAAGAUUGAAGUGAAAGAGUGUGUAGAAAAUGAGGCCACAAAUAGUAUUAUUUGGGGACUCAAUCACUGAACAAUCUUUCAGAUUAGGUGGUUGGGGUGCUUCUCUUGCUGAUACUUAUUCUCGCAAGGCUGAUAUAUUGAAUCGUGGGUAUGGUGGAUACAACACUAGAUGGGCAUUGUUCUUGCUCCAUCACCUAUUUCCACUGUCAACAAGGUUAGUAGUGAGGGACAAGAGGAGAGGCACUGUUCAAUUUGUUGUCCUUCAGUGGGAUUCGACAAUGGAUAAUCCAACACCUCCUGUUGCUGCCACUAUAUUUUUUGGAGCCAAUGAUGCUGCUCUUUUGGGAAGAACCAGUGAAAGACAACAUGUACCACUUGAGGAAUAUAAGGAAAACCUAAGAAGAAUUAUACAACAUUUUAAGAAAUGCUCCCCGUCAAUGCUGCUAUUGCUGAUAACUCCACCACCAGUUGAUGAAGCAGGACGGUUUGGACAUGCAAGGUCUAUGUAUGGAGACAAGGCAAUGCAAUUGCCAGAAAGGACAAACGAAGUGGCUGGAGAGUAUGCAAAACAGUGUGUUGAAUUGGCAAGGGAGCUAGGUCUCCCUUCCAUCAAUCUAUGGUCUAAAAUGCAGGAAACAGAGGGUUGGCAAAUAAAAUUCCUCAGUGAUGGCUUACAUCUUACACCAGAAGGCAAUGCCAUCGUUUACCAAGAAGUCGUUAAAGUGCUCAAUGAAACAAGUCUCUCUGCCACGAAGAUGUCUUCUGAUGUCCCUCACCAUUCAGAAAUCGAUGGGCAAAACCCCGAGAAGGCCUUCAAGCUACAAUGCCCUGCUAUCUAACCCUAUAUUCUGUCCUUUAUGUAUCAACGAAAAACCAGCAUUCAAGAGUAGCAAUUGGUUUCAGAGGUAUAUAGAGACGCUUUCAUCAGCAAUUGAUUUUAAGACAGAUGACAGUUGAAUAAUCUAUAAAAGAAUCCUAUUCGAAUUGAUUUAUAUACAGAAAAUUCUCUGUACCUUGAUGAACAUAGACGUUUUGGAUUGUGUAUACAACCUCCUCAACAUUGUGGUCUGAAAUGUUAUGCCUUCAAUAGUAUCUACAGGUUUGAAAUGCAA